UUGGUUUGGUCAGCAAAAUACACCAAUAAGCUUUCGUUGUGGGAGGGACUUCGAUGUACUCUCUCCGACUUAUUAUUUAUCGCCACAGGUUUAAAAAUUCUGUGUUCACUCCUUCAAUCAAUGCAGCUCGCGAAAUGGCAGAGGGCGAAUCCUCCAGUAAGAAAAAAAAAAUACAAAACUCAUUUUACAGCAGAGUAUACGAAAGUAUAUCCUUGUCUUGUUAAAGUGAGGAAUGAUGACACCAUGGCAAGGUGCACUGUGUGCAACAGUGAUUUCAGCAUUUCCCACGGCGGACUUAAUGAUUGCAAACGACAUGUCGAGACUGCUUUUAAGAUGUCUGGCUCUACCCAGGAAGAAGAGGAGUUGCCUGCCAAUCAUACAGGUCCAAAGGGUGUAAUUAAUGACUGGCGGAAGUUUAAGCUGGACAGUGUGGAUCAGACUGUCCCUCAAAGCAAAAGAGAGCUGCUCAGGCAAAUGUCCAGUCAACGAGAAGAUGACAAGGAAAGACUGACCAGAAAGAUGAGUGUUCAGGAGUACGAACUGAUCCAGGAAGAGGAUGAGCGUUGCCUGAAACGCUACAGAAAACAGUGUAUGCAGGAAAUGCAUGAGCGCCUGAGCUUCGGUCCUACAUUUGAAGCAGUCUACGAGCUCGAGAGUGGAGAAGACUUCCUGGAAGUCAUAGAGAAGGAACAUCGGUUGACCCUAGUGGUAGUCCACGUCUACCAGCAUGGUGUCAAAGGUUGUGAACAGUUGAACUCCUGUCUGGACUGUCUGGCUUCAGAGUACUCUGGUGUUAAAUUUUGUCGCAUUGAUGCUGUGGCGACAGGUGCUGCUGAGCGCUUCUCCCCUGAGGUUCUUCCUGCUCUGCUGGUGUACAAAGCCGGUGAGUUAUUGGGAAAUUUCCUGGCUGUUACCAAACACUUCCAUGAAGAGUUCUUUGCAACGGACGUGGAGGCAUUUCUCAAUGAAUAUGCCCUGUUACCUGAGAAGGAGUUCACAGCAUGUGCUGAUGAUGAGGAUGAGGGAGGGGACGUGGAGUAGAAAGAGGAAAGAAGAAUGGAUAAGCGUUGAGAAGGGGAAUAAAGGAGGAGCUGUAGUGGAGGGGAGUGGAUAAAAGCAGAGAAAGAGGAAGCAGGAAGAGGGAAUAUAACAGUAAAGGACACACACACAUACAGGAGUUAAGAAAGCAUUUACAUUGUAUGUGCAGAUAAACACGCACAAUAGUAAACAUCCACGAGCACACAAUGAAUGAUAAUUGUAUGUAGAAGCAGUUUUAACUACAUGGUGUGAGAAAGUCUGUGCUGAAAUACUGCUUUGCAGUCAUAGCUCUACAAUAAAACAUGACUUUACAAG